AUGCUGUCGACGUUGAGCAAAACUGCACGGGUUUCUCAAACACGGUUCCUCCGUCUUUCCCAUUCAGCUGCUGCUGCCAAGGAUGUGAAACCCAAGAAGGCUCCAUUGGCUGCCGUUGACAGUCCGUCAUUCGUGAUGAAUCUUUUCAGAGGAAAAGCUGUUACAGAACAGGUGUUCCCAUACCCACUGAAUAUGACAGAAGAACAAAAGGAAACUCUGGGAAUGGUGAUGUCUCCUUUGGAAAAGAUGCUCAUCGAAGUGAACGACAAACGACGAACUGCUGACAUCCCUCGAGCUGUGCUCGAUCAGUUUGCCGAGCUUGGAACUUUUGGUGUUCUCGUCCCACCAGAGCUCGAAGGAUCCGGAUUCAACAACUCCCAGAUGGCAAGAGUCGCCGAAAUCGUUGGAGCAUAUGAUCUUGGAUUCGGAGUAGUCAUGGGAGCUCAUCAAUCUAUCGGAUACAAAGGAAUUCUUCUAGAGGGUACUGACGCUCAGAAACAGAAAUAUCUGCCAGAUUUGGCUACUGGACGCAAGUUUGCUGCCUUUGCUCUCACGGAGCCAUCUACUGGAUCGGAUGCUAGCUCGGUCAGAACACGAGCUGAACUAUCCGCUGACGGCAAGCACUAUGUGUUAAAUGGCGGUAAAAUCUGGAUCUCUAAUGGAGGUUUUGCUGAUGUCUUCACUGUUUUCGCUCAGACACCAAUCAAACAAGCUGAUGGAUCGACCAAGGAUAAAAUGUCUGCCUUUAUCGUUGAACGAGCAUUUGGAGGCGUUACCAGUGGUCCACAAGAGAAGAAAAUGGGAAUCAAGGGAUCAAACACAACAGAAGUUCACUUCGACAAUGUGAAAAUUCCAGUGGAAAAUCUCCUCGGAAAAGAAGGAGAAGGAUUCAAAGUUGCCAUGAACAUUCUGAACAACGGAAGAUUCGGAAUUCCAGCUGCGUGUACUGGAGCGAUGAAACAUUGUAUCCAGAAGACUGUUGAUCACAUUACUACCCGAGUUCAAUUCGGAAAGAAGCUCGAAGAGUUCGGAAAUGUUCAGGAAAAACUUGUCGAGAUGAUUUCGAAGCUUUACGCUACUGAAUCAAUCGUCUACAUGCUAUCGUCGAACAUGGACAGAGGAAUCAAGGAGUACCAGCUAGAGGCCGCUAUUGGCAAGGUUCUAGCAUCAGAAAGCGCUUGGUUGGUGUGUGAUGAUGCUAUCCAAGUUCACGGAGGAAUGGGAUUCAUGCGCGAAACAGGCCUCGAACGAGUUCUUCGCGAUCUUCGUAUCUUCCGAAUUUUCGAAGGAGCUAACGAUGUUCUCCGCCUCUUCAUUGCCUUGACCGGAGCCCAGCAUGCUGGUAAACAUCUUGCACAACAAGCAUCUGGAGUUGGAGGCAUGAUCAGUUUGGCUGUUUCGAGAGUGACUGGAGGAAACACUGGAUCCAACUUCGGGCAAGUAGUCGAUUCCAGUCUUCAAGAUUCCGCCAAGGCUUUAGAUCAACAAAUUGCAUUGUUCGGACAAACUGUUCAAGGAUUGCUGAUGAAGCAUAAGAAAGGAAUUAUUGACCGUCAAUAUGAAAUGCAUCGUGUAGCCAACGCCGCCAUCGACAUCUACAGUUCAGCAGCAGUUCUUUCUCGUGCCACUUACGUCAUCAAGAAUAAGUCUUCUAGUGCCGACUUCGAACGCAAGAUUGCUACUUACUACGUUGAGAAGGCGAUGAGAUCUUCACACAGAUAUUUGAAAGAGGCUGCAAGUGGAGAGGCCGGAACUAAGGUUUCCACGAUAGAGUCAUUGGCAAAGGAAGUGUGUGGAAACGGAGGGCUCACUAUGCAACACCCAGUCGAAUUGUAG